AUGAAUCGAGAUUAUUUGAAUCCAAUCAAGUUCACGCAGCACAGAAGCGUUACCUCCAAGCUGGUGGCUCCGCCGCCGCCAGACAUGGCCGGAAAGACGCCGCGGCUUGUGAAGAUUUACGUCACCGACGGGGACGCUACAGACUCGUCGAGUGAUGAGGAAGACGUGGCUAGGCGCUGCAGAGUGAAGCAGUAUGUGAGUGAGAUCAGAAUCGAAGCUGCUUGUUGUAACGAAGUGAGAAAUGUGAAGAGGGGUAAGAGGCCGAACCGUGCGAAGGAGGCGAAUUUGGAGAACGAGAAGUCGCCGCCUACGGCGGCCGCGAACGGCAGGAAGUUCCGAGGCGUGAGGCAGCGGCCGUGGGGGAAAUGGUCGGCGGAGAUUCGAGAUCCGGCGCGCCGGACUAGGGUUUGGUUGGGGACGUUCCGAACGGCGGAAGAGGCGGCGUUGGUGUACGACGAGGCUGCGAUACGGAUACGCGGAUCGAAAGCUCUCACCAACAUCAUCAAGCCUCCUGCGGGGUCUCCUCCCCCUCCGCCGCAGGAAAUCAAUUUCAGGCCCUUGUCCGACUACUCUCCGUGCAAGGAAUCGGCGAACCUUUCAUCUCCGACCUCCGUUCUCCGGUUCAAUCCUCCCGAGGAAGCAGAGCCGCCUGCGGUGCCGGAACCGGAGGCCGGUGGGCCGACGACUGUUUGCCGUUGGACCAGUGCUUCUUGAACGACUUCUUUGAUUUCCGCACACCUCCGCCGAUGCUCUUCGAGGAAGUGAGUUUGGCGGAAAACGCACUGGAAGUGGAUUUCAGCGACGUCUCGUCGUUGAACAUGGUUGAUGAUUUCAGGUCUUGUUCAUGGGACGUCGACGAUUUCCUUGAAGAUCCUCUGCUUUUUGUUUGAAUAUUGUCAGUAAAACUUCUCUCUCUUCUGUUUGCUCCUCAAACAAAGAACCAAAAAAGAAAAAAAAAAGAAAAGGUUAAAUAUCCGAGUGGAGAGUUUAGGUACA